AUGAGUCCCUGGAGCUGGUUGCUGCUGCCCACCCUCUGCCUCCUGCCCACCGGCGCAGCCCCGCGGCGCGGCGCUCCCGCCUCCGCCCGCUGCGAGCUCAAGCCCCAGCAAAGUGAAUUGAACUCCUUCUUGUGGACCAUAAAGAGAGACCCACCAUCUUACUUCUUUGGCACAAUCCAUGUCCCAUACACACGGGUUUGGGACUUCAUCCCGGACAAUUCCAAGGAGGCUUUUCAGCAGAGCAGCAUCGUGUACUUCGAGCUGGACCUCACGGACCCCUAUACUAUCUCCGCCCUCACUAGCUGCCAAAUGCUGCCACAGGGCAAGAACCUCCAGGAUGUGCUCCCCAGGGACAUCUACUGCCGCCUCAAGCACCACCUAGAGUAUGUCAAGCUCAUGAUGCCCUCGUGGGUGACCCCAGACCAGCGUGGUAAGGGCCUCUAUGCGGACUACCUCUUCAAUGCCAUUGCGGGGAACUGGGAGCGCAAGAGGCCCAUCUGGGUCAUGCUCAUGGUCAACUCCCUGACCGAAGUGGACAUUAAGUCCCGUGGGGUGCCUGUGUUAGACCUGUACCUUGCCCAGGAGGCCGAGCGGCUGAGGAAACAAACUGGGGUGGUGGAAAAGGUAGAAGAGCAGUGCCAUCCAUUGAAUGGGCUGAACUUUUCACAGGUCAUCUUUGCUUUGAACCAGACCCUCCUGCAGCAGGAGAGCCUGCGAGCAGGCAGCCUUCAGAUCCCCUACACGACGGAGGAUCUCAUCAAACAGUAUAACUGCGGGGACCUCAGCUCCGUCAUCUUCAGCCACGAUAGCUCCCAGGUUCCCAAUUUUAUUAAUGCCACGCUGCUGCCUCAGGAACGCAUCACAGCUCAGGAGAUUGACAGCUACUUCCGCCAGGAGCUAAUCUACAAGCGGAACGAGAGGAUGGGGAAGCGGGUGAAGGCCCUCUUGGAGGAGUUCCCCGACAAAGGCUUUUUCUUUGCCUUUGGAGCUGGUCAUUUCAUUGGCAACAACACAGUGCUCGAUGUUUUGCGGCGCGAAGGCUAUGAGGUAGAACAUGUCCCUGCUGGACGACCCAUCAACAAAGAGAGGACUAAAAGACCCUCAUCGCAGCCCACCUCCUCUGCCAUCUUUGCUCCGGAAGGACCUACCCUGGAGGCAUUGGUGCUGGAAGCCGGGUCUACAGUGCAAUCACUCUUGCCGCCCCAUGUGCCCCUGCCUGGAAGUACUGAGCAGCCAGGUGAGGCAAAGAAGAAGUUCCGGAAGAAGCGGAGGCGGCCACAGAGGAGGCAGCAGCUUCGGCAGUUCAGCGACCUGUGGGUCCGACUGGAGGAGAGUGCUAUGGUGCCACAACUCCAGGCGCCUGUUCUGGACAGGCACAUCUCUGCUGAGCUGCGGCUCCCUCGCCCCGGACGCUCCCAGCACCGCCAGAUGGUGGCCAGCAGUGCCUCCCUGUCUCUCUGGACUCCUGUGUUUUGGGUGCUGGUUCUGGCUUUCCAAACAGAGACACCCCUCCUGUAA